AUGCCUACCCGAACUUCGAAGACCCGCAAGCACCGCGGUAACGUCUCCCAUGGAAAGGGUCGUGUAGGAAAGCACCGCAAGCAUCCCGGUGGUCGUGGUCUGGCCGGUGGUCAGCACCACCACCGUACCAACAUGGACAAGUACCACCCCGGUUACUUCGGUAAGGUUGGUAUGCGAUACUUCCACAAGCAGCAGAACCACUUCUGGAAGCCCGUCAUCAACCUGGACAAGCUGUGGUCACUCGUCCCCGUCGAGACCCGUGAGGCUUACGUCUCCGGCGAGAAGAAGGACACCGUCCCCGUUCUCGACCUCCUCCCCCUCGGUUACUCCAAGCUGCUCGGCAAGGGCCGCCUCCCCGAAAUCCCUCUGGUUGUCCGCGCACGAUGGGUCAGCAAGCUCGCUGAGCAGAAGAUCAAGGAGGCUGGCGGUGUUGUUGAGCUGGUGGCGUAA